AAUAUGCACAAAAACAAUUGUUGAUUGAUAUUCCUUUUUGUAACAUUCACAGAUGAAAAUUAUUUUUUUUUUAAUGCAGGUGAUAGGCAUUCAUGGCUCUUAGGUGACUCAGCUUAUCCUCAGGAACCAUGGUUGAUGACUCCUAUCCAAAAUGCAUUGCCUGGUUCGCCAGAAAGAAGAUACACAGACUCCCAUAUUCAGACAAGAAACUGUGUAGAAAGGUGCAUAGGUGUAUUGAAAGAAAGAUUCCUCUGUUUAUCAAAUGUGCUCAGAUAUAGCCCUGAAAAAGUGGGUAAUAUUGCAAAUGCUUGUGCAAUUUUACAUAAUAUAUGUGUAGCUGCUAGAUUGGAUUUUAAUUUGGACAUGCUACCACUACAGGAUACUGACAAUCAUCUGGAACAAGGCAAUUUUGACCAAAGAACAAACAGAGAUGGGAUUUUGCUAAGAAGGAACAUUAUUGCCAGAUACUUCACUAAUUAGUAUUUAGUAUAUGUAUCAUGCGAGGUAUCUUGUAAAGAUGUAUUAUCCUUUUCCAUAUUACAAGUUGUUUGUCACUAAAACAUGUUAAUUUUUGAAUCUGCUUAGGGCAAACAUGCCAGUUUUGGAAAAGAUGUUAUAGGAAUAAGUACUAAGACAAAUUGUUAAGUUCCAUGUAAAAAUAUUUAAAAAAAUGUCUAUAUUCUGAUACAUACUGUGGUAGAUAUU